AUGCAAUUCAAGAACUGUAUAAGAAAGGGGUAUCCAUUGUACUUGUGUAGUAUACAAAAGUUGGAGGAAGAAGAAGAGAGGAUGGAGAAUAUUCCUGUAGUUAAUGAAUUUCAGGAUGUCUUUCCGGAAGAAAUCCCUGGAAUGCCUCCAAUAAGGGAAGUGGAGUUCAUCGUAGACCUAAUGCCUGGAACUGGCCCAAUAUCUAAAGCACCAUAUCGUAUGGCUCCAGCUGAAAUGAAUGAGCUUAAGACCCAAUUAGAAGAGUUAUUAGAGAAGGGCUACGUAAGGCCCAGUGUAUCCCCAUGGGGUGCGCCUGUAUUGUUUGUAAAGAAGAAGGAUGGUAGUCUAAGGUUGUGCAUUGACUACCGGAAAGCCAAUGUAGUGGCAGAUGCCUUAAGUAGGAAGACAAGUCAUACCUUAAGCACUAUGGUGGUAGCAGAUCAACUGUGUUUAGACUUUCAGAAGAUGAAUCUUGAAGUUAUGCAAUAUGGAGAAGUAGAGAAAAUGUUUAGUGCAUUGACCAUUCAACCCUCGAUGUUUGAUCAAAUUAGGGAUGCUCAAUUAAAAGAUGAAAAGAUGGAAAAGAUAAAAGAAAAGGUGAGGGAGGGUCAUGCUGGAGACUUCGAAAUUCAUGAAGAUGGAAGUUUAAGAAUGGAAGAAAGGUGGUGUAUACCCGAAGCUUGUGAAGAUUUGAAAUUGAAAAUCAUGGAAGAAGGCCAUAAUUCUCCAUAUUGA